AUGAAGGAAAUCUCAUUUAUAACUUCAAAUAAGAACAAGCUGUUGGAAGUCUCACAGAUCUUAUGUAAUAGCGUUCCAUUAAUCAAUAAAGACUUGGAUUUACCCGAGUAUCAAGGUGCAUCUGUUGAAGAAAUAGCAACACAAAAGUGUAUCACAGCUAGGAAUCAUGUACAAGGACCAGUUCUAAUUGAAGAUACAGCGUUAUGCUUUGAUGGUCUAAACAACCUGCCAGGACCCUACAUAAAGUGGUUCUUGGGUAGUUUGGGUUUGACUGGUCUCAAUACUCUUUUACAUGGUUUCAAUAACAACAAAGCACAUGCUGUCUGUACCUUUGCAUACUCGCCCGAUUCAAACACCGAUCCUGUCAUAUUCCAGGGUAAAACCUAUGGAAACAUCGUGCAACCACGCGGUGAUACGGCUUUUGGCUGGGAUCCUAUCUUCCAGCCUGAUGAAGGUGGUGGAAAGACGUAA